AUGACUUUGUUUAGAAAAUUGUUUCCGCAAAAAGAAAGAAAGAAAAAUCGUUUAUAUUUGUUGUAUCAAAACAUCGAGAUUGAUUCUGCAAGUAGGGUGACUAGAUUGUCGUCGUUGAUAAGAGUUGAAAAAUUUGACGAUUCUUCUCUAAUUAACCGAAAUUUACGAGCACAUUCGUCGUUCGCUCAUAAAGUCACAGAUGACCUCCCUAAUGUCCACUUAGUCGUAGUGAUGAAUGACGCCAAUUAUGAUCUCUCAAUUGGAACUAACUGGACAAUGGAUAAGUUUAUCUUUAGACAUUUUCAUCGUCACUCGAUUAUCGAGCGCGCGCUUCAUGUUCUGAUUUCAAAAUAUUCUCAAACUGCUUACACUUCCACGAAGGGUUUCAAGAUUCUUGCCAUUAUUUUUCAAUUAUUCUCGUUUUUGAAAACAUUUAAACAACACAACGGGUGUCAUGCUCAAAAAUAA